UUCUCAUCGUGUUAACGACUUUGACCAAAUUUUUGUUGAACUGGCAAGGACCUUUCAUCACUCUGCCCCUGCACUUAUCGUCCUCUGCCACCAUUGAUUCCCCUACCGACUCAAACCCUGUGCGGGACUUGCUUCCCUCAACUGUUCCAUUACUUCCUCUGGAUCCAAUCACCUCUAGUAACCCUCGUCCAUCACAGACAUCCAUAACCUCGAGAACGUCCCUGCCUCCCCCUCUCGUCCCAGCCACCCGCUCAAGGUCUGAGCUCGAGCAAGGCAACAGCAGCAGCAGCGUCGGUGCCCUCUCUUCCUUUCAUACCG